AUGAGUUCAAAUGUAAAACAAGUUGCAGGAAAAGCUGCACCAGUUGUUAAACGUGAUAUUAAUAAAUGGCUUGCUCCUAUACGUCAAUUUCUUAUGCUUCGAGUUUUUACACCUAAUCAACGACAUGAAUUUGAAUGGUCUAAACGAACACAAUCACCACCACUUUUACCAACUGGUUUUGCUCAUAAAUUAAGUAAAAAUUAUUAUUUUGAGCGUGAUGCUCGGCGUCAAGUUGGACCUCCUCAAGUUCUUUUUUCAAAUGCAGCUGAUCAACAACUUCUUACUGGUGCUGCACAACCACAAUUAACAGCUGGAAUGGCUACACAAGCAACACCACAACAAACUGUUAAUAUUACAUCAAAUACUUCACAAUUUGUAUCGAUUAAUGAAGCUGAAAAACAGACUGCUAGUUUAUUAGCAGCUAAGAAUAAUAAAGACCAGAAGACUCGUAGUCAACCUCGUGUACCAGGACAAAUUUAUAAUUGGGAUGGUUAA